CUACUUACUGUCUGCUAUUUUAUGUUCGACGGACACAAUUGUGACAAAAAAGGAUAUUUCUUACAAAUAAAAAAUGAACUGGAUUUCAAAAACGAUGUUCGUCUUGGUGAUGUUUGCUUGGUUUCUCCUUAGAACGAAUACUGUAAACGGAAUAGACACGGGCACCUUUGAUCCUAACUGUUUAGAUGACUGUGCAUGCUGUAAAAAUAGAGACUGUGGUCCACAUGGUUACUGGCCAGAAGGCAACUGUUACAAUGGCUGCAUUGACGGAUAUAGAGGUGGUCGUUGCGUUCUAAAAUGUGAUUACUCUAAUUGCGUUGAAUGCUCAGCUUUGGCAUAUACAUGUACAAAGUGUAAGGCAGGCUAUUAUCCUGGCCCAAGUUCUAACUGUUCAUCAAAAUGUUCCGUAGGCUGUAAGACAUGUACAUCAAGCACCUAUUGCACAAAAUGCAUUGAUGAACAUUACAAUGCAAAUGGUUUCAAUGACUGUCGAUAUCGUUAUUGCCCAUUACACUGUAAAUGUGUGCAGGAUGUAUGUGUGUCAUGUGAAGAUGGUUACUAUAACGUAAGUUCAUCAUGCCUCGGUAAAUGUCCAUCUACCUGUGUCACCUGUUCAGCAAAAGACAAGUGUAGUAAAUGCAGAGAAGGUAAAUAUAAUGGUUAUGAGUUUGACAUUACCGAUCGUCUUUUGUUGAAUAACUGUACCCAUGGAUGUCGGGACAAUUGUAUCACUUGUUCGUCUUAUAAUAAUUGCUCACAAUGUGUGCCGGGUAAAUAUGGAAUGACUUGCCAGGAUGAUUGCUCAGUCGGAUGUGAAAACAGCAUAUGUCAGAUUGAGUCUGGAAAUUGCACAUGUAAAACCAAUUUCUCCGGUCGUAACUGUACUGACUGUGUCCCUGGUAAAUUUGGAGCAUCAUGUGAGAAGACCUGCCCUAUGCUUUGCAAAAAUAAACGUUGUGGGAAAUCUUCAGGUAAUUGUUUGGAUGGAUGCAUAUUUGCAACGAUUGUUGGCGAAACGUGUAAUGCAUGUGUAAAUGGUAAUUAUGGGGAUGCCUGCAACGCGUCUUGCCCUAAUAAUUGCAAGGAUGUUAAUUGUGAAAGAGAUACCGGUGAAUGUUCAUACGGAUGCAAAGACAAUUUCAGUGGGAAAAAGUGCGAAGCUUGUGAGGACGGUAAAUAUGGAAAAUCAUGUAAUCUUACCUGUCCUCAGAAUUGUGCUGACGAUAAAUGUAACAAAACGUCUGGGCAUUGUUUCGCCUGUAGUGUUAACUAUUUUGGAAACGAAUGUAACGACUGUGCCAAGGGGUAUUAUGGGUCAACAUGCAAUGAUGAAUGUUCUUCUCACUGUUCGAAUGGUGUGUGUAAUAGAGCUACAGGGAACUGUGAUCUUGGUUGCAAAGGGAAUUAUUCUGGAGAUAAGUGUUGUAUUAAGGGCGGUUACUGUUUGAAUUGCUCGUCCAACUCCGAGUGCAACAAGUGCAUAUCCGGAUAUUCUAGCGAACAGUGCAACGUAACAUGUUCCUCAAAUUGUCUCGAUUCUUGUGAUUUGGUAACAGGUGAAUGCCAUUCUUGCAAAAAUGACAUGUACGGUCGAUUUUGCAACGCAACGUGUUCAUUGUCUUGCAACAAAUCACAGGAUGCAAACUCGAGUAGAUGCGAAUUAAAGCAUGGAAACUGCCUCCACGGAUGUGUGGAUGGCUUUUACGGUCCAAAUUGUUCUGAGUCCUGCAAUAGCCAAUGUAUUGACAAUUUGUGCAUGCGGGAUACAGGCCAAUGCACAAACGGAUGUUCAUCUGAUGAUCCUGUGUGUACUAAAAGUUCAGGACAAAAAUCGAGCGACUCUACUGAAGUGACAGGGCCCAUUGUAGGAGGAGUUGUCGGACUAAUUAUUUUAGUAACUGUGGUCAUUGUGGUGGCUUUUGUCUACAAACGAAGGCAAAGCAAAAAUGAAAGUAGUGGACGAAAUAGAGAAAUGCCGAGACACACAGCCAGGGAAGAGCAUACAUAUGGAAACAUCACAGAGAACCAUUCGGUGAUUACUCCAUCAUCUGUAGUAGAUAUUGACGGCGUUAGGGUAGACGAGCGAGCAAUCAAGAGCGACGAGACUUAUUACAACACGGAACAAAAUAACCACAGAGUGAACGUGGACAAUCUACUUAUGUAUGUUACCAAGAAACACGUUGAUUCAUUUGAAAAUGAAUUCAAAAAGCUAAAUAAAGGGUUAGACUUGACAGAGAAUUGCACCUUUGCCAAAAAGCCCGAAAAUAUUGCGUUGAACAGGUACAAUGGAAUAUACCCGUAUGACCAUUCCAGAGUGACUUACCCUGGUCAGCCGGACUUUUUCAUCAAUGCAUGUUACAUCGAUGGUUACAACAGAAGGAAGGCUUAUAUCGCCUCUUUAGGACCUACUGCAAAGACUACCGAUACUUUUACUACAUUCUGGAGUAUGGUUUGGAAUGAGAAAUCUGACAUCAUUCUCAUGUUGACAAAUCUCCGUGAAGCUUCGGGCAUGAAGUGUGAACAAUAUUGGCCAAAAGUGGAAACAGAAACGUUGUAUGGCCAAAUUAAAGUAAAAUGUCGAAGUGUAGAAGAAUAUGCUGAGUACACAGUAAGAACGUUCACCGUUUCAAAGGGUGAAGAGCAGAGAAACCUACUACAGCUACAUUAUACGGCAUGGCCUGAUAAAGGCGUUCCAUUGGAGGUAACGAGCCUUGUAGAAUUCCGACAAAGGGCGAAGGCAGUUCCGCUGACACUGAAUGGUCCCACCAUAGUCCAUUGCAGUGCUGGAGUAGGUAGAACAGGAACCUAUAUUGCUCUGGACCAGCUUACAGAAGAAGGAGAGUGUGUAGGAUCUGUUGAUGUAUUUAACUGUGUAAACAGAAUGAGGGAGCAAAGGGUCAAUAUGGUCCAAACUGCUGAGCAGUACACAUUCCUUUACAAAUCGCUGGUACACUCGCUUUCUUUCGGUUGUGAGUCACUGACAGCUGAGCAGAUUCAAGGAAUUAUGUAUGAGACAGAUGACAAGAUGUUCUCAAAGAUGUAUCAGACAUUACGGCAAGAAGUUGAUAUCGAGAGCAAAGAAGAGGUAGACGCACGUCAGGAGAACAGACGAAGAUAUAAGGACAAGAACCGGCGACAGUCUGAUAUACCUGGAGGCAGUAGUCGAGUGCGUUUGUACCUCUCUAGGAAAGACGGGCAACAUGACUACAUCAACGCCGUUUUCAUAAAUAGUUUCAGGAUCAAGAACCUGUUCAUUGCUGCACAGUCUCCGCUUCCAGGAACUGUUGAAGACUUCCUCAGCAUGAUAUAUCAACAAAACAGUACAUGUGUGAUAGCACUGGAGGUGACGCACAAUCAACACAAUGAUGUUGGACAAUAUCUUCCUGCUGAUAAUGAGACUUACAUCUUUGGUAAUUUUACUGUAUUGAGCUCAAAGGGUGAGACAAAACCACAGUAUGUUUUGAAGAAAUUAUCAGUUCGCAAUGAGAAGGGUGAGGAGAAAACAGUUUCUCACUUCCAGUACAAAAACUGGGCUCAUUCUAAGAAAGUUCCAGGUAGCGCCGAAGAAUUUGUCCAGUUUAUAAAAGAAGUAGAAGGCUGCAUCCACCGACAAACGGAGGACACGCCUAAUAUACUAGUUCACUGCUUAAAUGGCUACGAAAGGUCUGGAUUAUUUUGUGUCGUGUACAAACUGCUAGAGAAACUGGAGGCAGAGCGACAAGUCAGUGUUGUGAACACUGUGAGGAAAAUCAGAACACAUCGGAAGCAGUCUAUAACAUCUGUGGAACAACUUAAGUUUUGCUACCAGUGCAUUUCUGCCUACAUGGAAAUAUAUAACACCUACUCAAACUUUGCUACUUGAGAAGUUUGAGAACUUGGCUUGAAACAGGACACAAUGAGCAAUAAACUCACAAAAACAUAAAGACACUUUACCAAUAAUUGUAGAUUAUCAAUGAAUCUCAAAUGCUUUUUAUUAGCUUUUGAUAUACUCGUGUGCUCACUUUUGGAUUCACAUUCGAUAUUUCAUUACCUAUAUGUUGAAUAUUCAUGUUUUUUUUCUUCAGGAAACGUGUUUCAUAUAUAUUAAUGAAAAGUUCUAACGCCCCUGCAGUAUAUGUUUUACGAUUCCUUUCAAAAUUCUAACCAUGUAUGUUUUAUUUAACCUUUAAACAACCAUGAUGUUCACGGCAUAACACAGUUUUACCAGAAUCAGAUUAUGCACACUUCAGUCAUUGUACAAGAUCUGACCAUUUCAAGGAGUUUAUUUAUUUAUUUAUUUGGGUUUUACGGCGCACCAACACAGUAUAGGUUAUAUGGCGCCAAACAGGACUGCAAAUUUUGGUUCCACAUCUCAUUUACAUGGAAAUAAAACAUGAGGUAUGGAAUCAAAAUUUGCAUACCUGCUGGAAUCACAGAGUUACUGCAAAACCAAGUGUUAAGACCCUAUUAUUCGCAUCUUACGAUCAUGCAAGGGUAAGGCAGUGGUUCCAAUUCUUUUCAUAUACAGAUCGUCCCAGAACCACAUGGGGCUUCAAGGAGUUAUCAAAACAAAUAUUAAUUCAGUGCUUUUUAUGAAAAAAGAGCAAAUAUGUUUAUAAUGAUAAAUAUUUUAAAAUAUUAAGUUUUCUCUGAUAUGUGGUCAGAUAUCACCAACAUCAAAUGUAUUCUAAAGAUAUGACUAGACAAAGACUUUUUUGUUUGUUUUUGUCAACAUUAACUUAUCUUAUUACCAAAUUCCGCUCGUUUGUUAUGUGUAUAUUUCUGACUGUAUGAAAUUUAACUAAAGCCACUGAAUACCUAAAGCAGUAUCAUAACGUCAUACGAUUUUACUGAAAUUUUGAUAAAUGAUUUUAAACAUAAUUUUAAUAUGCAAGGAAUUUUAAAGACGUAAAUUUUAAAAAUAUGGAAGAUACUUACAAAUAUAAUUUACGAAUGGGCGUUAAAAGUUUUGUAAAGAGUAUAUCAAAUGAAAUAAAAGUGUGCUUUGAAUGUGUAACAAACAAAGUGUAUAUAAUGCAUAAUAUAUCAUUAUAUCAUACAAAUUAUUAAUAUGCUUAUUGAUAUGAGUGAAGUUAUGAUAGUUAUCCAUCAUUUUGCUUCUAAAGCAAUUGCUCUUGUUUAUUUAAAUAAUUUGAAAUAUAUGUCUAUCAACAUAGAUUAUACUAGCUUAACAUGCACAGAUAUCAUGUAACCAGAAAAUCAAUUAAAAUAUUUGAAAACCUGAACAAUAUAUUUCAAGGUGCCCAAGGUGCGAUUGCUCCUUUCAUGUCUCUGUAUAAAUUUUACGGUGAUAGAGAUACAUAAUACAAAGUUCCUUACAGCAAAACAAUACGUGUUACGUAGCUUUUAGCUUACAUUUACUUGAAGUAGUAAUAAUGAUUUGAAUAACUUUAACAAAAUGUAUCUUCAUUAUCUAAAAUGUGUAUUUGUGUUACUUUCUGUUCACUGACUACAUUCUAUAUUUACAGUCCGUUCUAGCCUUUGCUGUGAACACGAGGGAUACCGCACAUUUUGUAUUUUCUAACUCCAUACAGUCGACUUGUGUGUGUCCCCAAAAGACGAUUUCAAUGUUUAUACACAUCAGCGUCUAACUCUUUACAAGCAAAUUUAGAUAAUAAAUACUGUUGUCUCCCAUUUACUACUAUCUGGAAAGCAUUGUCUUCAUUCAAGAAUUGGUUUGAUAUUAUAACCAAUAAACUGUAAAAAGA